CCGAUGAAAACUAGAAGGAAGUGUUUAUUUUUGUUGUCGGCUUCAGUUGAUUUGAUAAAUUCACAAUUAUUUCAACAAUGGAAUUAGUAAACGAACCUGAUUUAAUUCAAUCUAGUAACGAGUACACUAUAAACACUCAAAGCAAUCUCGGGGACAAUACAGAUGUAACUAGACGACGAAGUUCGAAUCGUUCGAUUAAACGCAGAAAGUUCGACGACGAACUAGUUGAAUACAGUUUAGGAAUGCCCGGUAUUUCUAAUAUAAAGAGCGGUAGAUCUCGUACGCAUUCGGCCCAUUCGGACUUCUCAGCGGCUUCUCCAUCGACUCCUCCGGCUCUACCGCAACCGUCCACUUCUCAAACGUACGUCGAUCCCAAACGAAAACACAUUUCGAAGAACGUCCUGACAUCUUCGAAACGGGGCAAAAAGGGAGGGAAGCUCGGCGGUCAAUACACCGCCAAAGAUUUGGGCAGAUGGAAGCCCGUGGACGAUUUAGCUCUCAUCAUCGGCGUUCAACAAACCAACGAUCUUCGUACGGUUCAUUUAGGCACGAAAUUUUCCUGCAAAUUCACCGUGCAAGAGCUCCAGCAGAGAUGGUACGCUUUGUUGUACGAUCAAGCCGUGUCUAGAGUGGCUGUAUCGGCCAUGAGGAAUCUACACCCCGACAUGAUAGCAGCCGUUCAAGAUAAAGCUUUAUGGAGCCAACAAGAGGAGAAAAUAUUAAGCACCAUCAAAUCGAACACCACACCGACUCCAACAGUCGAAACGUUCGCCGAGCUGCUUUCGCAACACCCCGACGUUUUCUACACCGGUCGAACAGCCGCUUCGUUGUUCAGACACUGGCAGAGCCUUAAAAUGUACAGCCUUCUACCCGAUCAAACUAUGGGUCCUCUGCCAACGUCCGGCCGGCCUAUAAUGACGUUCAACGAUGCGGAAGAGUUUGUGCAAGACUCGGACCUCACGGAUCCUCCGGACGAGUCGCUCGAUAGGGAAUUGAAGCUGCAACAAAGGCGGAACGUUAAGGAAAUCAGGCAGUUGGAGAACGAGAUCGGGAGAUGGAACGUGCUGGUUGAUAGCGUGACUGGUGUUUGUCCGGGCAUGUUGGAUAAUCAAACGCUAGCUGUACUUCGAGGGAGAAUGGUGAGGUACUUGAUGAGAAGUAGAGAAAUAAGUAUCGGGCGUUCGGGGAAAGGUCAUGUUGUCGAUAUAGAUUUGUCUUUGGAAGGUCCGGCACAUAAGAUUUCUCGAAGACAAGCUACUUUAAGAUUAAGGAACACGGGUGAAUUUUACCUUUCUUCCGAGGGCAAAAGACCCAUAUUUGUAGAUGGUAAACCGAUUAUGGCUGGCAACAAAAUUCGUUUAUACGAUAAUGCAGUUGUAGAAAUAGCCUGUUUAAGAUUCAUAUUUUCUAUCAAUCAAGAUUUGAUUAGAGCAAUUCAUAACGAGUCGGUCAGGUACAAUUUGCCACCGUAAUUUUAAUGUAAUUUGGAGUUAUUCAUUUGUAUCGGUCCGUAUUUCUUGUGUAACGUUAUACAUAAAUUAAAAAUUGUAUUUGUUCCAACAUUCAACAGUAACAUUAUUUAUUUGCAAUAAAUUAAUAUUAAGAAAUUCAGCUUUUAAUUAAGCCUGACUCGACUAAUGCUUGUCGUGCAGCGUUGUUUAUAUGCCUAAAUCUAUCCGGCCCAAGUUGAAUACCACCAUACCUAAAAUUAGAAUAUUAAUUCAUAUUCAAAAGUCAUUCAGAAAAAAAUUACCAUCUGGAAAUUACCACCAUUACAUUAUUCAGUUUUAAAGUUUGUAGUAAUUCGAGAACCCUGGAAGACGCUUUGUU